AUGACCAAAGAAAAAAAACGUAGAAGUUUAACAAACAAGGAGAAACUCAAUAUUCUUGAUAAGCUCGACGAAGGCAUUUGUCCUACAGAAAUUGCGAAUCAGUUCGGUGUCUCGCGCACGUGCGUUUAUAACCUCAAAAGUAGCAAAAAAAAGUUUGAAGCUCUCGCGACCUCAUCGAAUGCUCAGCUUUUACAAGCAAAGAGUUUUAAAACAGCAAAAGAUAAAGUUUUAGAUGAUGCUGUAUACUUGUGGUUUUGCCAAAAAAGAUCCCUCGACGAACCGAUCAGUGGCCCAUUGCUUUGUGAGAAAGCACGUGUACUCAAUGAGAAACUGAACGGAGAUCGUUCAGAUUCAUUCAAGGCGAGUAAUGGUUGGCUCAAUAAUUUUAAACGACGCCAUGGUAUUCAUCAUCUCUGUGUACAAGGCGAAAGGCUAUCAAGUGACACAGAAUCAGCCAAUACAUUUGUUGACGAGUUCAAACGAUUCGUCGAAGACAAUGGCUACACGAAGCGCAAUAUUUACAACGCUGAUGAAUCAGGACUUAGUUGGAGAUCUCUACCACGAAAAACUUUGGUCUGUAGUGACGAAAAUAGUGCACCUGGACGUAAAGUCAAUAAAGAAUGA